AUGGCUGAUAUCAUCGACCUGGACGCCGCCGAAGAGGCGCCAAAGCCCCGCAUCCUCGUCAUCUCGCUCGAAUAUCUAGAGUCCUUCGACGACCUCAUCAACGUAUUCCUGACUCCCAUGCUCGACCUGGCCCUUGUCCAGCGCGUCAAGAAGGCUGCCACGCUCACCCGUCUCCUCACCAAGGAGGAUGCUGAGCCGUACUCCGCCCUCGUCCUGACCGACGCCGCCCUCACCCUUCCCGAGAACCUUCCCCUCUGGGAACAAUGUCUCGCCUACAUGCGCCGCACUGACGCCACCGCCGUGCUCACCGGCCAAGUUGCGUCGUUUGGCCUCCCUGACGACUUGGAUGAGUUAUUUGGUGUCUCGGGCCUGCCCGACUGGAAGUGCGGCAACUACCAGCGCGACGUUGUUGUGCUGAACCCAAAGGCCGACGGGAUCCGCGACGGCAAGCACUUGGACCUCAGCGACAAGAAGAGCCUAAAGGCUGCCUACAGCGCCAAGUCGCUGUGCCUGUCGGGCGUGAAGAUCGAGCACAGGUGGUAUGUUCCCGACCUCAGCGAGGUGGGCGAUGGCAUGGGCAUCGCUGCGUUGCUUGCCCAAGGCCUUAGUGGCUGGGAUCCUGAAAAGGUCGGGCGGCAGGCGGCGGUGGCAUACGGCCCCGUGGGCGAGAAGGGUAGAAUUGGCUGGGUGGGCGAUGUCAACAACGAACCACCCUCGGUCAAGGUCAUUUUGGCCAUGUGCGGGCUUGAUCCGGCCAAGGCGAAUAUUAUCAAUGUUGAGGUGCGGCAGCCUUCCGGUCCAGCUGCAAUGCGGUGGGAUGCUGGAGAAGGACGUUUCGUCAAGGUCUAA